AUGUCCGGCCCCGGCCGCAGCCCCUCCCGCGCCUCGUCAGCGCGCAGCGAUCGUCACACGGAUCGGUCUUCGCCGGAUCCACCCGGUCGAGAUCCUCGCGAUCCUCGCGGGGAGGAACUGCGCGCUCUGAUCGCCUCCCGUGAUGCUGCAGUUCGCAACCAAGAAGAGGUCGCCGCUCUACUGCUGUACCAGACGGGGGAGCUGGACGCGGCUCAAGCGUACAUACAGCAGCAGAACGCAGAGCUGAGCAGCUUGCGAUCGGAAGUCGCUGUCCGUCGCAGCCGAGAAACUACUUCUGCGGCUGGUGUGGCGCGGGCUCUCCAACUCCAGGGCCAAGUCGACCAACAGGUGAACAAGAUCCGGGAUCUCCAGCGUCGCAUCGAGCAGAUUGAGCGUGAGCGGGAUCGCUUGCAGGAGAAUAACGACCACCUGGCUUCCGAGGUCAGCUUGGCCACCGCCGAGAUCCAGCAGCUUCAGGAUCGAAACAUCGACCUGGAUCGCGAUUUGGAAGACGCCAACUACGAGCGGGACAUAGCUGAGCAAAACAUGGAUCGAGCGCAGGAGGAGCUCCUAAGGGUCGAGGCCGAGCUCCAAACAGGAGAUCAAAUCACUUCGGCGGAUCUGCAACAGAUUGCGACCCUGACGCAGGAACGGGAUCGCGCUCACACAUCAUUGGCCGAAGUCACGCGGAAUCUCAUGAAGGCGCGAGAAGACCUGCUUGCCCACCAGCGGAUGCACACGGAGGCUCGUGACAAGCUGAAUCGCCUGCGAGCUACCCACAGAGCUACCAUGGCGAAUCUGGAUCAAGCUGUGCGGGAACGAGACAACCCGGAGCUAACUCGUCUGCGGAAUCUCCAGGAGACGACUGUCGCGGGUCUGGCGCAGGUAUGCCGGGAGCGGGACGCCCUUCAAGGUGAAGUGGACCAAGUUCGUUCGGAGUUCAAUGACCUCCAAUCCAACUUCGAUGCGUCCGAGCAGACCGAAACUGCAAUGGGGCGUCGGAUCCAGGCGAUCGAAUCUGAAAGUCGGUUGCUGACGCAGGAUCUGAUUCGGAUGAGCCAUGAACGGGACGUGCUACAGCAGGACAUCUCAGUCGCGCGUUGGCAGUUGACCUCCAUCACCACUCUGGCGAGAGCGCGACCUGGCGCAAUCGAAGAGGUUCUGGAUCCGGCCUACAUCCUCAGCUUGAUCCGUAUUGCGCCCCCCCCCGGAUCUGCCGAACAGCAGCCUGCCGGUGAAACUUCCGACCCCGCUCAGCGGGAUCCCGAUCCAGAGGCGGAUCCAGAGUUGAGUCCGCAAGUAGACUCCGGCACUUCGAAACGGGAUCGUGACCCGGAGACUCCCGAUCCAGAACCAACUCCGGCCGUCAAGCGUCGCAUUUUCUCGCCGCCCUCCGAGCACGAUGAAGCCAUGAACCAGGAGGGUAAUCGCGCAGCUUCCGGCUCUGCCACCGAGCGAGAGAUCGACGACGAUGGGCGCGGUAACCCGGAGGAGGAGGCGGAUCGCCAUGACCCUGAAGGGAAACGUCACGAAGAUCUUGAGGAGAAAGGCGACGACAACCCGGAAGAGAAAGAUGAUGGCGACCAAGAGGAGGGCGACGGCGACCAAGGGGACGGCAACGACCAUGAGGAAGGAGAGAAUGACGAAGACCACGAGGCGAGUGAGGAGACCAACGACGACGACGCAGAGACUGAGGUCAUGGCGAAUGAGCUGUUUGAAGCCCAGACUCGGGAGGCGUUAUCUCGGUCGCGAUCCGACGAGAGACGGCGACAGCACGCCUCUCCUCGUCGUCAAUUGCUUUCGAGCGCUGGUGGUGCCCCUGGCGAUGAUGAUGGAUCGAAUCCGCACGAAGAUCCUGAUCCAACUCCUCCGCAAGAUCCCGAUCCACGCAGCCUCCGUCCGGAUCGUGCCCGUCGACCACCUGUACAAGACCCUCUGGCUCCCGUUGUUCCAUUCGCGGCGGACUCUGACUGCAUCCCAGGUCGUGAGCAUGCACAUAUGCCGGUUUCGGCCGACUGUCACCCUUGGCUGGUGGAUCGCCUGAACGACGUGGCCAUGGUAUCUAUGCUGAUCGACGUAUUGUUCCCGAUCCUGCCCACUGCUCCAGGCUGGUUAUUUCCCUACUUCGGUCCUGCCCAGGGGCGAAGGCCGAAGAUCCAACUCAGUGACUACUGCUGGGAACUCCUCACAGAAGAGAACGUGCGGGCGCUAUUGGACACCCACCUUUGGGAAAUCCUUGAGAACCCGGGCGAUGCCAUCUCGUUUGAAGUCAACGUGGGUGGUCGACUUGGGAUCCUGAUCCAGGAGUACGGGAUCUUCGAAGACACUAAUCUCAUGUCCUACUGGGAGUCGACCCACCACUUCCCGAUUCCCGAUGCGAUGGCAAAGAAAUAUCCGUGGCUGAUAGUGUUCCAGAAGGAACGCAGUAACCGUAGAUCCCACGCGGGCCGUGCGUGGAAGCAGUUCUUGGAGUUGUUGAUCACCGUCAUGUGGUAUUGGAAAGUGGCAGUUUCCAACGCUGUUGACCCGCCAGCCCGACAAUCAAUUUCAAUCAAGGGGCAAUCAAGGCGAGGUCAAGCGAGAGACGGAGAUGGCUACUUCUGA